AUGAGCAGAUGGAGAAGGAACAGUGGAAUCUAUUAUGCAAGGAAAAAAAUUGUUAUUUCAGAGCUAGUCAUCCGAGAAGUUCUUCACUUUAAGGAUCAGCCAAACUCUCCAGUUGAAAUUCCUAUUGAUCAGAUUAGAGAAGUUCUUGAUAGGAUGGGAUACGAAGGGACUUUCCCUCCUACAAUGAAGAAGUUUAUCCAUCCUUACUGGUGUUUUCUUGCCCAUGCUUUCAUAAUAUGCAUCUCAUGCAGAAAGGGAAGGGCAGAUGAGAUUUCUCUAUCUUCUACUAGUGUUAUCGUUGCUGUGAUCAUAGACCUGGAUUUCAAAAUUUCAAAGUAUAACCAUGAUGAUGAUGGAAUUUCUCCAACUGAGACAGAGGGAGACACUCAUAUUCUCAAGCUGCCAUCUCAAUCAGCUGCACAGAUGGAUGAAUUCAUUGCUCAACUGGAUUCAACCGCAAGGAUUCCUCCCCAAGCAGUUGUUACUCCAACUAUUACUCCAUCAGAUCAUGAUCUUUGUAUAACUCAAGCCUCUCAGCCUCCUUUGAAAAGAAGACGUACUGAUCCUAGGCCGGGAGUGCUUGUAAGGGAACAAGUUCAACAUGUUCAACAACCUAUCACCACCACCAAAACAUCCCAAACAAUUCAUGUUGAGAGUCCAAUUCUGGACAAAGGGCUUGUUUUGCUCAUUAUUCUUUUGAAGCAAGGAGCUCUUCAGCUACUGGUAGUUCCUUUGCACCCCAACCUACACAUGAUGCCGCCUCCGAGAGGCUUGCUAGUCAGUGAACACAAUGAAGCUAAGGUUUCCCAAAGUUCUCCUGCCCAAGCAUCUCAAGAUUCACAAGAUGCUCCUCAACAUGUUAGUACGACCCGUAUUGUUGAUCGUUUUGAAAUGGAACCUGCUCAAGCUGAUCCGAGAGUAAUUCAGAAGCGAGCUCGGAAACAAGCAAAGACUCAAGGCAAAAGAUCAUUUCUCUUCAUGAAAAAUUCUAAUAAAAGCGUGCAUGGUGAUCAAGCCCUGUUGAGUGUGAUUGAGCUGGAGAAAAAGCGGUCAAAGCCAAGUAUGGAGACAGGUUGUUCAUGGACUAAAGUUGAUCUUAUAGAAUUGGUUGAGGCUCCCUUCCACAACCCAUCAAACGAUCCGCAUGGAACUAACUUCAAGCUCUUUUUGGAGAACCAAAUAAAGAAAAAGUUUGAUGGGAUGACGACUGCAGAAUCUUUUGUCAAGAAAACUAAGGGCGUAAUUGAUCCCAGCACCAAUUGUUAG